AUGCUUCUAGACGAAGCUCCCCUGCCUAAUAGAGCCGCGAAUCAAUCCUUUUGGUAUUCCCGUGGUGGCGAUGAUGCACGGGAAGCCAAUCAAACAUCGGUGAUGCGGUUUGAGGAACGUGCAAGUUAUACUUCAAACUUGGUAUUUGAAUUCGGAGAACCUAUUGAUCUUGACUUACAAAAUGAGGCUCGGUUGUUGGUCCACGCUGGCAAGAUGCAGCGUCGAAAAGACUUGAGUUUUGGAUUGAAGAAUCUCGCAGAGUUAUUUGUCAUGUUGUUCGACCAUUAUCUGCUGCUCGCAAAACCAAAGCAACAAGACGAAACAAUCAAGUAUCAUGUAUACGGGCGUCCUAUACCUCUUGAACUACUGAUACUAGUAAAUUUCACAGAUCCGCCCAAACGGCGGAGCGGCAGCAUUAUGGCAUUAAGUCGAUCAACGCCUCGAAUAACAGAUGAUACACAGCUGUCAAAAGAUCUUGAAAUUGCCUAUGGUGGCCGUGUGCUUUAUCCUUGCCGAAUACAACGUCGCGGGCACCCCGGCGAUCCAAUGACGCUAUAUGUUGAGUCUGAACAUGCUCGCAACGAAUGGAGAGAAAGAUUACAAGCUGCCAUUGCUCGUAGAAAGCAUGUGUUGAGCCUGUCACAAAUAUUUGACGUUAGACUACUGUGUGAUGUAUCCUGUGCUCCUCUUCCGUCUAGAAAUGUGGUCGUCUCGUCGGAUAACAUGAAACCACAUGGGAGAGUUACUUGCUCUGUCCCUUUUGAAUCACCGGAUGGUAGAGAGCUUAUCGCUGUUGGUAGCACAGACGGCGUGUGGUUCGGCUUCUCCCACAAUCCGAGUUCUUUCCGUCACGUUUUAUUGUUAAAGAACGUAUCGCAAUGUGCCGUUCUGGCUGAUUUGGCCUUUUUUCUCGUGCUAGCGGAUGGCGUACUCGUGGCAUUUGAUCUCCAUGCCCUCAUAUCGCCACCCCGCGGAGCUUCCACAAGGGCCACCAAACCUCCACAGGCAUUAUGUGAAGAAGGCGUCUUUGUGGAGUUCUUUUGUGUAGGUCUGUUAAACGGUCGUCCUUCCGUGGUGUGCAUGAAUAGAAAAGGCACCACUAGCCUUUUCCAUAUUUUUACACCUAACCUGCCGGACUUGCCGGAAUACAGGGAGUGUAAUGAUAUGUUUAGAUUACACAGGGAAUUUUUCAUUCCAUCUGAAGCCUAUGAUCUCGUGUUUCUAGGAUCCAAGAUCUCCAUACUGUGUCCGAAGGGGUUCGAGGUGAUGGAUGUUACAGAAUUCUAUAGCGUUACGUUGCCCGUGCGUGAGGAUACUCGUCUGCGAUUGAUGACCAAACGCCAUGGCGUGUGUCGGCCAAUUGGGAUGAUUCGAACGACUGAGGGACACUUCCUGCUCUGUUAUAAAGCAUUUGGAUUCUAUGUGGACAACCACGGUGAUCCGUGUAGUUCAAGUAGUAUCAUCGAAUGGGAGGGCGUUGCAGAGCGUGUGGCGUGGCACCCGCCAUACGUCCUCUUGUUCAGUCCCACCUUCAUUGAAGUUCGACAUGCAAUGACUGGCCGUCUUGCACAAAUUAUCCCUGGGAUCGGCGUAGGGUGUCUGUACGACGGACGGCGGCGCGUGCCCUAUCUGGAUGACUGGUCCCCGGGCGUGCCCCAGGAGCCCCGCGUGCACGGGCUCAUGAGACCCGGAUCUGCGCCAAGCAAUGACACUCCUGCUGAACAGGAGGCGCAAUUCGUUUUUGAACUCGUACCCACUAUUCCUGCAUAUAGCCCUUGA